UACUUUAUUUCCCAUAUGAUACAUUUUUUAUUCUGCUGCAGCCAGGAGCUUUUCUACCAAAUACUCAUCUACGACUUCGGGAACUUUGGUGUAUUAAGACUAUCUACCCCAGCUCCACUCUACGACCUAGCCAUGCUGGCUCUGGACUCUGAGGAGAGCGGCUGGACAGAAGACGACGGCCCUAAAGAAGGCCUGGCUCAGUACAUAGUGGACUUCCUGAAGAAGAAAACUGAGAUGCUGGGGGACUACUUCUCUGUGGAGAUAGACCCGGAAGGGAAUCUGACCGGGCUGCCGUUACUGCUCGACAAGUACUCCCCGGUGAUGGAGGGUCUCCCCAUGUUCAUCCUGCGCCUGGCCACUGAGGUGAACUGGGACAAUGAGAGAGAGUGCUUCAGAGACUUCGGUAAGGAGUGCAGCAUGUUCUACUCCAUCAGGAAGCGCUACAUCCUGGAGGCCGAGCCCGGAGAGGAGCAGGAGGCUGAGGUGAACUCAUGGCGAUGGAAAGUCGAGCACGUCAUAUUCAAAUAUUUCCGAACCCUCUUCAGUCCUCCGAAGAACUUCAGCGAGGACGGCACUGUGCUGCAGAUCGCCAAUUUACCCGACCUCUAUAAAGUGUUUGAGAGGUGUUAAAGGAUACUCAGUCCAACCAAACAUGCUGCUCCUUUAUGUAACAUUUGUGCUGUAAAUAAAUACUUUGUGUAAAA